AUGAUGUCUUCCGGCUCCUUUGCCGCAGCCAACACUGGCCCGUUUUCUUAUGAAGCCGGCGCGGGCACAGCAUCCGGACCCGGAAGCGGAAACGGGUUCGGCGGCAUUCAUCCGCACCAUCAAAACCAACAACCACUCCCCCUACCACUAGACGACACGUCCGUCACAGAACCCAUCAUCCUAGAUCUAGACUCAACAUUCCAAGUCCCACUUCCCAGCCCAUCUACCUCACAACCACCACCUAUUCCAAAUUUCACCCCUUUCAACACUUCCACUCAAGGCCACCAAAAUGAACACGACCUCCACCUCCAACUCUCCCACCUGCAAACAACCCUAACGCAAGCCCUCUCCGAGCGGGACUCCGCCCGCCUCUCCCUCGCCACCCUGCGCAACGAGCUUUACAACGCUCGCCAGGUCGAAAAGCGGCUGCGCAUAGAGCGUGAUGAAGCUCGUGCGCAGGUUAGCUUUCUGAAAAAAGAGAGGACGCAAGCUAGGCAGACGGAAACGAGAUUGAGGAGGGAGAGGAAUGAAGCUAGAGUUGCUUUGGCGGUGCAGAUGGCUGCUAGUGGGAAGGGGACGGGUGGGAAGUUGAAGGGUGUUACAGGGGGUUUUGUGGGGAAUCUGGGGAAAGCUCGAGCAGAGGCGCAAGCACAGGGGGGGAUGAAGGGUAUUGAGAUGUUAUUGGGGAUGGGGACGGGGACGAGGACGGGGACGAGGACGGCAGCACAAGGGGGGAAGAUGCAGGCCGUGGUAUCGGGUUCUCAGACUCAAACUCAGAGUCAGAGGAAUGGACAGGGUCAGGGUCAGGGUCAGGGUCAGGGUCAGGGUCAGGGUCAGGUACUACCGGGCCAGCAACAAUUACCACAGGACCUCGAGUCACUUGCACUUGGACAGCAAGCGGAUGCGGGUGCAGGGACGGCAGCAGUUGGAUUGGAAGGAGCUUCCGGCGCCGGGGUAAUAGCAGAUUUCGAAAUGUCUUUGCGGCAUGGAUUUGGACAUGGAGCGGAUAUGGAUCAGCAGCUGGAGGAGUUCUUGAUCAUGCAUGGGGUGGAUAGUAGGGAGUCGUCGCCGGUUCAGCAGGUGCCGACGCCGCCGGGGAUGGGGUAUGGACAUGAGAUUGGGGGUGGUGGGCAUUUUGAUAUGAUGCAGUCGUAG